AUGGAUAAUAUUCGAACCGAACUUUUUGAAAUAUAUUUGAAUGCUGCUUUAGUUGAAAAUAAUGAUAAUUCCAAUAAAAUUCAAGUCCAAUCAGGUAAAACUUCAUCAAUUCCAAUUGUCUCAAACGAUUUAGAGAAUCAAGUUCAAAUAGACCAAAAUUCAUCAGUUUCAGCAUCAGGUGAUUUAAAAGAUCUAGCUCAAUCAGUCCAAAUUUCAUCAACUUUAUUUGAAUCUCGUCCAUUACUAUCAAAAAAUAAUAGAAAUCAACCCAAUUUCUGGUCAUGGUUAAUAAAUAGAUGGUUUAUAUUUGAUUUGGACUACUUAUUUCCACCCGAAGAAUUUGAUAAUUAUCAAUAUGUUCAAGAAUUGAAGAGUAAAUAUAAAUUACUUGGAAAAGAAUCUCUUUAUUGGACUUUUUUUGUUGCUAUUAGUGUUAUUGCUGCAUGUAUAUCCUUUAAUAUCAUUUUAGGUUGGGGAGCUUUGUCCCUUUAUGUUGAAGGAUGCAAAAAAUAA